UGAACAAAGAGGGAAUGGCUUUCGUUUUCUGGAACCACUACCUGGACAUAUGCGAGGCAAUCGAGGAAGGGUCACUGGACACGCUGGACCAUUCAGACUUCCAGAACACCGACAUCCCAUUCGAGAUUCCUCUUCCAGAGAAGAUGUUCCUCGAUGAGGCGCAGCACGAGGAGGUCAAGGAAUGGGUUCUGGCCGUCAGCAUGAACCAGAGCGUAGAGCAGGCGCUGCCCACGGACGAACAAGGCUUCUACGAGGCAUCGCUCGAGGGACCCAAGGGCACUUUUCGCGCCCUGGCAUGCCUGAUCACUGGGUACCCUGUGCUUCAAAACAAACUCCAGUUUCAAAAACCAGGAAUAGUCUGCAACAAGGACGACUGGAACAAAUUCCUGUUGGCUACAAAACUAUCACGCAGCGCAGAAUGUCAAGAUGUCCUGAAGUUCAUCACUGAAUGGGCUGGAGGUGCACCAAACCUCAGCUAUUCUUUCCAGUAGA